GAUAACGACCAGCGAGUACCAUUUGCCCAUCUGUCCGAUUACCACGUGUACAAGAUUCCGAACGCAAAGAAGUACUUUAACGCGCCCUUCGAGUGGGGCGCCUGUCUGAGGCCCUCCAGCAACGCUGAAGCCGAAGACACGGAGGCCGGGGUGCCGGGCCUCAAGGUCAUAGCAUUCAACAGUGAAAAAUCACGCACCUGCUGGCUGACAGCCAUGAGGUUCGCCAAGUAUGGUAAACAGCUGAGGGAAAAUUAUCGGGCAUUCAAGAAUAAACAGUGCGAACAGAAUGAUGCCAGCAGCCCCAAGGAACAGUAUAGAACUUACAAUGUCUCAAGUGAAUCAUUCAGAUCGAGGGUAGCAAUGGACUUCACGGGUAGCGUAGGCCGAAUAGUGGAGGACCCUAAGGAAGCGAGAGACAUAGCGGAGAGCGAGGGCCUCCUCUGGAGACGGAGAUGGCGGCCCUUCUCCAGGUCACCCCCUGGCUGUGCUGUUUCGAGAAAACACGCUCUCGAUGACGGUGUUCACGUGUUGAAGCCAUGGUUCCACAGGGACGUCAACAGGGACACUGCGGCGAGCCUCGUCCGAGAACAUGGCACAGUCGAUGGGGUUUUCCUCGUGAGAGAGAGCAAGAGCUAUCCAGGUGCAUUCGUACUGACUUAUAAAUAUGGAGAUAAAGUUAUUCAUGCACAAAUACAACCUACGGUGGACGAACGUGGCAACGGUUGCCUGUACACCCUCGACAAAGGAGUGACAAAAUUCUACGACCUCAUCCAGCUCGUCGACUUCUACCAGCUGAACGCAGGCUCCCUCCCAACAAGACUGACGCACUACGUCAGCAACGGUCUGGCGACAUCACCAGAAGCCGAGAGUAGUUCACCAUCGCCAUCGCCGUCGUCAACGAAACAGAGCCACAGUCCACGUAAAAUGGAGAGCAAAACACCGAGGAGUUGAGUAUAGGAGUCCCAGCAGUCCGCUGGUGUCACAAAACGCUUCACUGCUGUCAGUUCUAUGAAUGUCGAUGAAAUCGUCAUUGUCGACAGUGUCGACGAUGACAAGGUUUACGUCAGUGACAGUUGUGUGCGAUCGGCACCUUCGGGCUGCUGGACCAUGUUCCGAAGCAGCUGCGACGAGUGGGACACGUAGUGAUCAGCUGAGUUGGAUUCGUUGGAUCAUCGUGAGGGGGAAAUGUUAAAGCAUCAAUGGGGGCGGGAAAUUAUUGUUUUGUCUUCAGGAAAUGGUUAUGUGCCAUCUCUAUUCACAAAAUUGAGAGAGAAGUGACGAAUGAUGAACUCAUGCGCAUUGUUUUUCGUACAAAGGAAUUUUGGUCAAUGCAGACACGGACGAAAAUAUUUCAAUAAAAAACCUGGCGAAUUCGCUAAAAACUUCUAUUGAAUUACAUCUAAAAAUUCCGUAGAUUAUCUGGGUUUUUUUUUCAGUAGAAAUGUUCAAUGUUCAAUAUUCGACAGGAAUUCCUCGGCUCAAAGUUUUUUUUACUUUGAUUUUUUCAAUGAAAAAUUUUAAAAGUAGAGUGAAAAAAAUUGAAAAUUUAUGUCGAGGAAUUCGUGUAGAAAAUGUUUUCAUUCAUUUCUAUUAGAACGUAAACUUGUGGAAUUCUUCAACAGAAUUUUCCAUCGAAUUCGUCAGUUUUUAAAUUUUUCGUGCGUAUACUCUCAGGUGCAUGUCCACGAGUUCAUACUAAAAAUCCGAGGGAUUUCUCCUGUUUAAAUUACAUGCUUCAGUAGUCGAGGGGUCACCUCCAAUCUGGUGCAUCUGUCGAGAGGGUCAUUUAUAACGCGACAGAAAGCGUAUAAAAAAGUAUAUUAGAUGAGAUGAAAAAAACGUGUCUUUUCCAUUUUCUACGUGUCGUGCAUAUAAUCUUUAGAGUUUUGGAAGGAGUUUUUGAGGGGUUGCAAUAGUUCAGGGGAUUUUGAGAGGGUGUGACUGACCAAUUUCGGCCCAGUGUACACGUAACAGUAUAAUCAUUUCACAUUUCAACAUUUUGUUCAGCUUUUUCCUCUUCGAUUGAUCGAAUGUUUCAUCAAUUGAAUUCAGAGUUUUUUGUUCAUCAAUUUUUAUUUUUUUUUCUUCAUUUUUAUAAUUCGUGGGAAGAGUCGUAAUUUUUUGUUUUUAUUUUUGCAAAGGGGUGUGCCACAAAGGAUCGUCCAAAGGACACAUCAGUGAUGAAAUUAAUUUGUCAAGUGAGAAUGAAAAAAUUCGUCAGCAAUACCGAAGGGAUUUGUACGAAAUAAACAUUCGAUUCAUCUUAUUCAAACAGUCUAUCCCUCGCUGAAUUGAUAGUACCAUAAAAUGGACUGAAAAUAUUGAGUAAUCGAGGAAAAGAAUUAAUGAAAACAAAAAUUUAGUAUUUAAGAUAUUUUUUUAUUUUUAUUGGCGAAAAUAUUCGAGGCAAUGGAAAAUCGUAUGAAUUUAGUGUGGCCCAGUUUAAAUGGACUCUUUGAUACUUUACUGAUCUCAUAGCUUCGAGAUGUUCACGUGAACACGAUUGAUCUGUUCAAGGAUUUUCUCUCGUGUUGAGGGUGAGGAGAAUGCAAGAAGGGGGAGGAAUAUUGCGAGCGAGUUAAAUUUUUUUAAAGGAGAUAAUUAAAGGUGAUAGAUGAGAGGAAAAAAAAGAAUGAGAGAGAAAGAUUGAUUACCGAAUUCAUUAAUUGAUGAGGGGUGGGGGUGAGUUGAGUUUUGGCUGUUUAGGUAGAAUAUUCAAAAUUAAAUUUAUUUCAAUUAGUCAAAAUAAUUGAUCACCAAUCAGCGUUCAAGGGGAAGUGGUGGACAAUGCUGUAAUUAUUCGUGGAGAAUCAUUUCCCCGAUGAAAAUUAUAAUAAUUGAGAGAAGUUUGAGACGUUUGAGAGAUGUGUGAGAAUGAGAUAAAAUUAUUAACUGGACUGGUGUCCGGAGCAAAUGAAAAAUAACUUACGCAAUGUAUUAAUAUAACUCAUCGAAAAAAAAAGAAGAACCACUAGUUCUAUCGAUACAUUAAUAAUAUAUUUUUCCAUGGAUUAUUUAUUUCCCUUUGUCAUUAUGAAAUACAAAAAUCGUUGGAAAUGUUUUUGAAAACAAAAUCGAGUACUAAUAACUUCUGCAUUAAUGACGAGAAAUUAUUUAAAAAAACAGCACUUUGUAUUAGGUAUUAAGAGUAGGGCUUUCCUUUAGAGAAGAGAACAAGCGAAAACGUUUAGAGUAAUCGAUUAAAAAUUUUGUGAAAUGAGCGUGAAAACAAUGUUCAUGGGGAUUAUUCACCUCUGCCCAGUGCUCUUCCCUGUUAUUGUUGUAAAUACAAUGUGAAAAUUCCCUUUCGAUAAUCAACUUGUUGAUAAAUUAAAUCUCAUUCAAUGAAAUUUGGCCUUUCGUGUAAAUAUGUCUAUUUAGGCCAACCCUUGUAGACCAAAAACCACUCGAAUAAUUUGGCACUCUGACUCCGCGAUAAUUUGAUCAUCAGUAUUGAAUGGCGGUCGUUCAACACUGACUCUUCAAGUCGUGGAUUCCCCAAAAAUCCGAUACAUGACAGCAAAAAUAUUCUCAAUUCACACGAAUUAAUAAUGGAAACACACUGGGCAGACAGUUCAAUCCCGAAUUAAUACUAAUGAAAUAUUAUUGUCAAAAAAUUUAUUAAUGAGAUAAAAUGAAAAAAAAAAUAAAAGUAAAUAGAGUAUAUUUUGUAUUAAUCAUAGAACCGAAUUAAACGGCAAACGCAGAGGUCUGGAUAAGACUGAAAUUUAGGUGCCGUGUCUUUCGUAAAUUAUACCAGUGUCUGUCCAGAAGCCAAAACGAAAAGCAAAAUUAAACUUGAAAAAAAUGAGAGUUUUAACUUUUAUCUAACCAUUCACAAUGCAUUCGCAUUAAUUCAAUUGUUAGAAAACUCAAAUCUAGUCGUAAAUGUUUUGUUAAUUGAAAAAACAUGACAAUUUAAUAUUUCUUGAUGGACACAAUGUUCGCUGUACAGUAGCCAUCAGCAGGAGAAAAUUGAGAAAAAUCGAGAAAGCGAAUGAAUGAAUGAAUAAAUUAUUCAAUGGAGUAUUCAGCACGAGCACGACUUUGGCAGCGAGUCUCAGUCCCAAAUAAAUGAUUGAAUGAAUCCCAGUAAUAAAGCGUGAACCAUUGAUUACCCUUCAAUCAAUUUCCGUCGUUUAGUGAAUACUCCAUCGUUUGAUCGUCGAUCAAACGCUAGAUGCUCAAAAUUAGAAGAAGAAGAAUGAAAAAAGAAAAAUGUUCAAUAAAUUUCACGGACGUCUCUGCGCUUGACGUCAUUAAUAUCGGUACGUACGUGCAAAGCAUGAUGAAUUAAGCAAAAAGACGUGUGAUAAAGAGUAGAUACGGUUCGUGGACGGUGGCUAACGUGCCCCAACGAACUUUUUUUCGCUUCCGUUCUAGCGCCGGCCAGUAUAUUGACUCCUUUAAUGAAUUUUGAAAAAAUGAAAAUAAAUCCGUUGGAACGAUAACUCAUCUGAACAUUAUCCACUUUGCCAAAAUCACGCACUGUACUUAUCCAUAUUGUUAAUUACAUUUCACUCCUUUAGUGACAGUAUGAUAAUCCUACUUGUUUCAUUAAUAUUUCCUAACUCAUCCCUUUUUUUGUUGCAAUUAUCCUAUUUCAGGCAGAAAUUGAUGAGAACACGUAUGAAAAAAUGGCACAGGAAAUCCUAGACGAAGCCUAUAGCAAGGAAACUUCCUGAAAAAUCCUAUAGAAAGUUUAUAACAACCCUAUAGGAUUUUUCAAAUAGAUUUUUUAUAGAAUUACCAUUUCUAUUCUAUAGAAUAUCUUGAAGUUUCUGGGAAAAACUUAAAAAUUCAUGUCAAGGAUUUCCUGUAGGGAUCUUAUAGCAAUCCUAUAGGAUUUUUCAAAUAAAUUUUGCUAUAAAAUUACUAUAGAGAGGAAAUUUCCUUAUUCUUAUGAAAUAGGAAGGGAAUUCUAUUCUAUAGGAUUUACUAUAGUGCCUGAAAAAAAGUGGGGAAUUCAUGUCACGGAAUUCUUAUAGAAUUUGUGUAGGAUUCCGCAUUCUAUAGAACAUUCCGUUCUAUAUAAUUCUGUUCUAUAGAAUUCCAUUCUAUAAAAUUUUUUACAGUUCUCGGGAAAAACUUGGAAAGUUCCUACAAUUCCUGAAAACGUCUCAACGAUGUUGCAUAGAAAGAUUAAAUCCUACGGAUUUUUUUUCUAUAGAAAUGCUAUAGGAUUUCCUAUUUUUUUUUUCCUACGUGAAAUUAUAAGGAAUUAUCUGCCCAAUAUUUCUUUAAAAAAUUCUACGAUGCAAUGAGGGAGAAAAUGCUCCUGUUGAAAGAUGUUCUGCAACUCUGAAUUAAUGGCAUAAAGUUGAUUAACGUGAAUUCGCACGUAACUUCCGCAGAAGUAUUCUACCUCGCACGAAAAAGAUUUAUAGAAAAACCUCGCUGAUUCACUUGAAAAUUCUAUUAGAUUUAAAUUCUUAAACAUUGCAGCACGUAUGAAAUGAAAAAAAAAAUGAAGUGCUCGGAAUUCCUCAAAUCGGCGAAUAUGUUAAUAAUAAUUCAUAAAAAAAAAUUAAUUUUGAUUUCUCUUGAACUUUUUAU